AUGUGCAGCAGCGCCCUGGCCGCCCCCGCGUCCUCCAGUGCAGCUCAGAACUCCGAGCGUGCAGCCCGGGCCGAGCGGCCGGUCGCCCCGUCCGCCGUCGCCGGGGGUGAGGAUGACGUGGUCCGGGCGGGAGGCCCGCCAACUGCAGCAGCCCCGCCGAGGGCCGCCGCGCCUCCGGCUCCCCAGGCCCUGAGUCCAGCGCGCCCAGAGCCCGAAGGUGCCCGGCGCCCGCGCCGGGGCCGCUGCAGCAGUCCGCGGGCAGCGCAGCCGCUGAAGGCGCCGGGGGCCGGAGCCCUGAACUCGCUCCCUCCGCACAAACCCAGACCCGGCGGCGCGCCGGGGACCCGGCUGCGGCGGGCGAUUCCGCGCCUCUGGGGGCUGCAGCCGCCCCCGGACUCCCCGAAGGGGCCUGCGGUGCGGGGCGACCCGGCCGCCGCGCGCUCCUCUGGCCGGCGGACCAGCACCGCGAGCGAACGACUGCAUCAGCUGCCUCGGGCCGGGAGCGGCCGACACAAGGAGAGGGGGCAGCGCGGCGGCAGCUUCGGCAGCGAGCGCGGCCUGGGAGGCUGCGGGGCGCCCCCUCACUCCCCGCCGGGUGGCAGCCCCGGAGCGGGCGGGGGGCGCCGGAGGCACACUCCGGCGAUGAAGCGGCUUCCCCCUCGGCUGGUGCGAGUCGGGGCCAGGGUCCAAGGACAAAAAUGGGAACGAGGUGGCCAGCUCCGGCGGCGGCGAACGCUUAAGGACACCGCGCCAGUUCUUCCCUUCCUUCCUUCCGAGGUAACUGUGCACCACACCUGGAAUGCCGUCCUGCACCCCGUCGUCUACCUCACGGCGCAAGUGUGGAUUCUGUGUGCAGCCAUCGCUGCUGCCGCCUCCGCCGGGCCCCAGAACUGCCCGUCUGUCUGCUCGUGCAGUAACCAGUUCAGCAAGGUGGUGUGCACCCGCCGGGGCCUCUCCGAGGUCCCUCAGGGUAUUCCUUCCAACACCCGGUACCUCAACCUCAUGGAAAACAACAUCCAGAUGAUCCAGGCCGACACCUUCCGCCACCUCCACCACCUGGAGGUCCUGCAGCUGGGCAGGAACUCCAUCCGGCAGAUCGAGGUGGGGGCCUUCAACGGCCUCGCCAGCCUCAACACCCUGGAGCUGUUUGACAACUGGCUGACAGUCAUCCCGAGCGGGGCCUUUGAAUACCUGUCCAAGCUGCGGGAGCUCUGGCUGCGCAACAACCCCAUAGAAAGCAUCCCCUCUUACGCCUUCAACCGGGUGCCCUCCCUCAUGCGCCUGGACUUGGGGGAGCUCAAGAAGCUAGAGUACAUCUCUGAGGGGGCUUUUGAGGGACUGUUCAACCUCAAGUACCUGAACUUGGGCAUGUGCAACAUUAAAGAUAUGCCCAACCUCACCCCCCUGGUGGGGCUGGAGGAGCUGGAGAUGUCAGGAAACCACUUCCCUGAGAUCAGGCCUGGCUCCUUCCAUGGCCUGAGCUCCCUCAAGAAGCUGUGGGUCAUGAACUCACAGGUCAGCUUGAUUGAGCGGAAUGCUUUUGAUGGGCUGGCCUCCCUGGUGGAACUCAACUUGGCCCACAAUAACCUCUCUUCUUUGCCCCAUGACCUCUUCACCCCACUGAGGUACCUGGUGGAGUUGCACCUACACCACAAUCCUUGGAACUGUGAUUGUGACAUUCUGUGGCUAGCCUGGUGGCUUCGAGAGUACAUACCCACCAACUCCACCUGCUGUGGCCGCUGUCAUGCUCCCUUGCACAUGCGAGGCCGCUACCUGGUGGAGGUGGACCAGGCCUCCUUCCAGUGCUCUGCCCCCUUCAUCAUGGAUGCACCUCGGGACCUCAAUAUCUCUGAGGGUCGGAUGGCAGAACUUAAGUGUCGGACUCCCCCCAUGUCCUCCGUGAAGUGGCUGCUGCCCAAUGGGACAGUGCUCAGCCACGCCUCCCGCCACCCACGGAUCUCUGUCCUCAACGACGGCACCUUGAACUUUUCCCACGUGCUGCUCUCAGACACUGGGGUAUACACGUGCAUGGUGACCAACGUGGCGGGCAACUCCAACGCCUCGGCCUACCUCAACGUGAGCGCGGCCGAGCUCAACACCUCCAACUACAGCUUCUUCACCACUGUCACAGUGGAGACCACUGAGAUCUCGCCUGAGGAUACAACACGAAAGUACAAGCCCGUUCCUACUACGUCCACUGGUUACCAGCCGGCAUAUACCACCUCUACCACGGUGCUCAUUCAGACCACCCGUGUGCCCAAGCAGGUGGUGGUAACCGCGACGGACACCAAUGAUAAGAUGCAGACCAGCCUGGAUGAAGUCAUGAAGACCACUAAGAUCAUCAUUGGCUGCUUCGUGGCAGUGACUCUGCUAGCUGCUGCCAUGUUGAUUGUCUUCUAUAAACUUCGCAAGCGGCACCAGCAGAGGAGUACAGUCACAGCUGCCCGGACUGUUGAGAUU